AUGGACAAGUCCCUCCUGCUAGGGCUCCCUGUCCUCCUCUGCUGCUUUCGAGAUAUGAAAGGGGAGAUGGGUCCUUUCAGAGCAGCGCUUUCACAUCUACUUCCCUACUCUCUGGCCCAAAUUAUAGAAAUGAUUCAGUGUAGGACGUGCCACAUCCAGUUUCCAAGACAGAAGUGUUCCAGAGGCAGAGGACUAUGUACUGCAGUGAAUGAAGCUUGCACAACUGGGAGGAUUUACAAAAAUGAUGGCACUCUCUGGUUAACCUUCAGGGGUUGCCUAAAGAACUGCGCUAAUGUGAACAACAUAAAGUGGAGUGUCUACCUGGUGAGCUUCAGGUGCUGCAGGAGCCGUGACUUCUGCAAUGAAGACAUCUAG